GAAAUUAAGCAAAAUAAUCAAAACAAGUUCAAUUGCUUUAGCGCGUCGGCAAAUCAUCUCCUCCAGCUUUGUCAUAUCUGCAGAGGCUCCACCACACACAGCACAACACAACAGCCGAACUGUUUAACUGUGGGCUUUGUUGUUAUUGUUGUUGGUGUUUUGUUUUGAGUCAUAGGAAGAACAACAACAGCAGCAGCAGCAGCAGCAGCAGUAGAAGCAGCGAAAGUGAAAUUCAUUGAUAAGAAAACAAAUAUAAAUAAUAACUAAUAAAUUAUGAGAACAUAUUAAGUAGAUGUAAGUAUGUGCGUGUGUGUACGUGAUGCACGUAAUGUAAAUAUGUUAUAAAUAUGUUUUCCUGUUCGUAUGUACAUAUGUAGAGAGGGCAACAUAUUUACUGCUGCAUAUCUUGUAGGUGCGUGUGGUUGUGUGUGUGAACGUUGCGGGUGUCCAAAUAAAUCGUCUCGUCGUUCGGCAGCGUACAGGCAUAAAUAAAUUGUUGUGUUGUUUUUGUUAACGACGAAAGCAACGCUUGAUCGGGCAACUGGGAAGAAUUGAGUGCUCAGUCGGUGCAGAUCGGUCGCAAGUUCAAGUAUAAUUCUGAGUUGGAUUAAAAUUUCAAAUUUGGCGUUCAAACGUUCAAUCGCUCAAUCGUUCAAACGUUCAAUCGCUCAUUCGUUCAAUUCUAUAAUUAAGUAAACAAAUUAAUUGAAGGAACAAAGCAAAUAACAAUGCAAGUGUACUUUUUGUUUUGUGCAGCGAUUUGCUGCUUAUUAAACGUCAAUGUGGCGUCUGCUGCCACUCCUACUAUUAGUGACAUAACGCGAGAUAUAGUGGCCAGUAUUGGAGAUAAUGUGGUCUUUAAUUGUACCGUUGAAAAUGUCGGAAAGAUGUCUGUUAGUUGGGCGAAAUAUACAAGUGAAUCGAGUUCUGGGUCUGUUGUGCUUUCGAUGCGUUCGAUACUCAGUUUAAGCGAUCCACGUUACUCGAUUACUGAAACAAAAGACGAUAAGAAAGACAGUGCUACAUAUUCAUUUGAGAUAGCAAAAAUAGAGGCCAGUGACAUGGGUACAUACGAAUGUCAAGUGAUAGUCUCGGCUGCAGAUAAGGUAACGAAAAAAAUGAAUUUGUCUAUUAAACAUCCGCCAGUGAUUUCAGAAGAACGUACACCAAAAACAACUUUGGUCACUGAAGGACAAAAUUUAGAAGUCAGUUGCUAUGCAAAUGGUUUUCCACCACCAACAAUCUCAUGGAGUCGUGAAGAUAAUGCUAUUAUGCCGGCCGGUGGUCAUACACAAGCUGGUCCUACAUUACGUAUUAAGGAAGCGCAUCGUUUAGAUCGCGGCGGUUAUUAUUGUAUUGCUGAUAAUGGUGUCGGUGAACCCGAUAAGCGUUUGAUACGUGUUGAAGUUGAAUUUCGACCACAGAUUGCUGUUCAACGCCCCAAAGUCGCACAAGUGCUGUCACAUGUCGCUGAAUUGGAGUGCAAUGUGCAGGGUUAUCCAGCACCUGCUGUAGUCUGGUUUAGAAAUGGCGUCAAGUUGCAGACGGACUCACGUCAUCAAAUUGCUAACACUGCUUCUUCGCAUGAGACCACAACGUCGGUUUUGCGUAUUGCCAGCGUUUCGGAUGAUGAUUUCGGUGAUUACUUCUGUAAUGCAACUAAUAAGUUGGGUCAUGCCGAUGCUCGCCUACAUCUUUUCCAGCCCGUCAUACCAGUUCCAUCGUCACAUUGAAGUUUUCUAUAUUGAACAUAAAUCUUAAAUCAUAAAUUCUCGAAAUAAGAUUUUCUUUUUAAGUAUUGGCUUGAGUAUUUGUGCUAAUUUUGUAUUUUUUUCACAUUUUUAAUUGUUUUUUUUUUUUUUGUUGUUUGAAUUUUUUGCAAUUUUGAUAAACAUUUUUUAGUAAAUAAGCGUUUCAUAUACACUCACUGACUGAUCAAUUUCAGCACAAAAGACUAAAAAUGUAUUUUUGGAUAA